AAGUGGCAAACGGGCCGUAGUUGUAACCCAAAAACAUGUCACAUAAUAUGGUAGGUUUCUGUGCACGUGUCAGUGUGUCACCGGUCUUUCUGUGGGCAUGCGAAACAUCCUGAUUACGGUACGUGCUCUGCGUAAGAUGGUGAUAUUAAUUAUUUCAGCAGACAUUCUCAUCAGCUCCCUUAUCACGAAGCCGCAUCAAUCGGCUAAAGAAGCAGCUCAAAAGUGAUAAAUCAGAGUUUUUUCUCGAAGCAAGGUGUACUCCCGACUGCGAUCGCUAAUCAGAACGUGUUCGUGCAACGUUAUUCAUCGGCUUUUCCAAUGCUACCUUGGCAAGCAGAAACGUGCCGGUACCUGCAUUUCAGGCUGCAAACGGGAAAAUACCUCCAGCUAAGAGGAUUUGGCUGAACCAUAGUGUAGAGAUAAGUUGCUGUACGCUACAUACCGUACAAUACAUUUAUCGAUCAAUGGGAAGGACAUGUCAAACCGCCUAUCGAUUUUUUGAAUCGCUUUAUUGACCGCACUGCUGAACUGAGCCGUUCACCUGGGAUUCAUGGCUAAGCAAUGAGGAGAAAUGUGGAAUAAAUUCCUUCAAGGCAUUGCCUCGUUUCUAGUUUCCCUCAUAAACGGCUCACUGCCUUCAAAAUGUACUGACUUAAUUCUCCAGCCAAAAACUGAUCAGUUACGCCGCUUUUCUUUACGGCUCAGCUUCCCAUACAUACGUCGGGACCGCAUUAUCGUGGGUGUGCCGUAGCAUAAAGACCAUUAUUUUGUUCUUCUCCUCAGUCAUGGCUGGAUUGCGGGACAUUUUCAACAGAGCGCUCAAACCAAAACGCAGUUCCGCCUAUCUCUUCGUCAGUCCCAACACCGACACCGAUCCCAUCGAUCAGGAAUCCCACCUCGGCGCACUCCAAGACCACCAUGAACUACUGGAACGGUCACCGGCCCCAAAGGACACCACGGGCACCCGCCGGCCACUGGUACGCUCCAGCACCCAGGCCACACUGGAUAACCUGCAGCUGGGGAGUAAAUUCACCAAGCGCGAAGUUAACGAGCUCUAUCGCGAGUUCAAGCACGAAUGCCCAGCUGGCUACAUCACCAAGGAACAGUUCCAGUCGCUCUAUCGGAAAUGCUUCCCCCUAGGAGGCUCUGGAAGAUAUGCCGGAUAUGUUUUCAAUACGCUGGAGCAGGACAAAGACGGGCACGUGUCGUUUCGGGCCUUUUUGUCGGGCAUGUCAGUAUUGUCGCGCGGCACAACCGAAGAAAAGCUACAGUGGAUAUUCACCUUAUACGAUAUUGAUAAAAACGGAUACAUAACUAAAAACGAGAUGGUGGAAAUAGUUUCAGCUGUGUAUGAGAUGCGCAGCGAAGCGAUGCCCGGUCAGCCGGUUAAGGUCGACACGGAUGCUGUAAUCAAUCACGCCACUAAUGUGUUCUGCAAAAUGGAUGCUAAUAAAGAUGGAUUGGUCUCAUACGAGGAGUUUAUCGAAGCCUGUCACAACGACGAAGAUAUACGCAAAACAAUCGGCACGCUGAAUGGUGGAUUACAUCUCAGGCGUCACUGCUUCGCGGCAUCCAAGCCGCGAUCCUGAUUACAUGCAUUAUUGAUUCUUUAGAGUAUUGUUUUUUAUCUCAGUGAUCUUGUUUUUAUACGAAGGCUGAAUUCGGUGAAUAGUACGCAUGACCCUUAUGUUUGUGCGUUACUGUCAGUGCAUCGCUUAUGACAUUCAAUCUGAUUAAUUUUACGAGUUUAAAAUACCGAUGUAUGCUUCUGGUUCGCUUUUGUAUAACAAUUUAUUCGCGCUACAGUUCAAUUUGUAAAGGAAAUUAUUUACCGGUACUUCUAUGCUGCACUUGUAUGUUGAAAGUGUGAAGCUGGUUAUGAAACGUAUGG